UCUCUUUCUCUCCGUUUCUCCCCAGUUACCUUUUACGUGGCUGUCGUUUCCAUGCCGGCCCUGGGGGACCCUGUCGGGGACCCACCUCGCUGUUACCUGACCACGGUCAACGCCCUGAAGGUGGCCGACUGCCAAGGGCAAGGACACAGGGCCGUGCCUGAGACCGAUCCCUCCGUUCAGGUCCUGCUCCUGAACUUCAACUCCUUCUCCGUCCUCUUGGGCUCCUCCUUCCCACGCCUGGAGUCCUUGGCCUUCCUGUCUCUCGGGAAGCAACGGACCGGGUCCCUUCUUCUCGGAGAGAGGGCCUUCCAAAACGUGCCUAACAUCACCUUCCUGGACCUCGGGGGCAACGGGAACCUGACCCUCCAUCCCGGCGCCUUCCGCGGCCUCUCCAAACUCGAGGUGCUUCUUCUGGACGUCAACGGGUUCGGGGACGAAGUGCUGGAAAACGGCUAUUUCCGGGACCUGGUGUCUCUCAAGAGGCUCGAUCUUUCUGGAAAUCGGAUCCGUAGGCUGAGGCCGGAUCCGUCCUUCCGAGGGCUCGGGGCGCUCAGUAUCCUCCAGCUGAGGCUCAACCGGAUCCAGGCGAUCUGCGGAGAUGACCUCGGACCCCUUGGGGGACGCCGCUUGGCGCUCCUCGACCUGUCCUCCAACCCUCUGCGCGACCAGCCGGCCUGCGGCCACCCUUUCCGGAACCUCACGCUGGGGACCCUGGAUGUCUCCGGCAACCCCUGGAAUGUCGGCGAGGCCGAGCGGUUCUUCGCGAAACUGAACGGCACCCGCAUCCGGCACCUCAAGGUCCGACACUCCGGAGCCGUCGGGAGCGGGUUCGGUUUCCGCAACCUCAAGGACCUCUCGGCCAGCACUUUCUCCGGGCUGCGUCACGCCGGCGUGGUCUCCCUCGAUCUGUCCCACAGCUUCCUGAACGAGCUGGUCCCUUCGGCCUUCUCGGGGCUCCCUGACCUCAACCUUCUGCUCCUGAGAGCCCAUGAGAUUAGCAGGAUCCGACCCGGGGCCUUUGUCGGGUUGAACAAGCUGCGUGUCCUCGAUCUCUCCCACAACCUCCUCGGGGAGAUCUACCGGGAGGCCCUGGAGAGCCUCAAAUCCUCUUCCCUGCAACGCCUCAUCCUCCGGUCCAACCACAUUGGAAUCGUCCAGCGCGGGGCCCUCGCCGGGCUGGGCUCCUUGCAGACGCUGGACCUCCGAGACAACGCUCUCUCCCGGGUCCCAUCCGGGGAUCUCCCGUCCCUUCGGCACCUGCUCUUGGGUCAGAACCGGAUCCAAGACGCCUGGGGCGUUGAGCGCCUGAGCAGGAACGUGACGCACCUCGACUUCUCUGGCAACCGCCUGGCAGACCUGGGUCAACUCUGGGGUCAACUUGGGGAGAUCCCGAACCUGCGUUUUCUGAACCUUUCCGGCAACACGCUGGCCAGGUGCUACUGUGUCGGGAAGAGCCCGAGGCAGCUCCGGGAGUUGGACCUUUCCCACAACGCGCUGGGGGAUAUUUGGGGAGAAGAGAAAUGUGUGGACGUCUUCCGGGACGCCCAGAAGCUAGCCGUCUUGAAUCUCAGCUCCAACGCCUUGCGGACGUUGCCCAGAGCGCUAUUCCAGACCCUGGUGUCUUUACAGGUUCUCGAUCUCUCCUCCAAUCUGCUGUCCGAGCUUCCGGAUCAGGCCUUCCACGCUCUGAGAUCCUUACGCAUCUUGAGCGUCCGGGGUAACCCCCUGCUGACCAUCUCUCCUGCCCCGUUCGCGGCCCUGGAAGGACUGCACUCCCUGGAUCUGAGGGACGUGUCUUUGAUUUGCGACUGCCGGCUCUCGGACUUCCAGCUCUGGAUGGACGAAAAGGCGACCGGGCUGAGCGAAGGCGAGGCCACGCUGUCUUGCGUCCAGCCACACCCUUCGUUCCGGCGGCUCUCCUUGCCCGCUUUCCUGAAAAGCCACUGCCUUCCUCCGUCACCAAAGGCCAGCGGGCUCAUAAGUCCCUCCCGUGAAGGGGAAAUGAAAAUGAUUUAGGAUAGCAAAAAGCUUCAAUUCAAUUAAAAGUUAAAAAUUUUAAUUAAAAUGUUUUAAUAUUUUGGGGGG